AUGCUGAAUUUUCAAAUCUUUAUCGCUUCACACUGGGAAGAAUAUUUUGGAAAGGGUAGUUUUGUUACAAUAAGCUACAGUAGUUCAAAACAGAAGAUACACCAUCCAGCUAAUUAUGCAAUUAAAAAUUGCGAAUUCUUAAAAAUCGAUAAUCAUGCUGUUGAAUUUAAAUAUGCUACUUAUGAUACGCAUGUUCUAGUAGAAUUAUGCUCAUUCUAUAAUUGUACAAGUCUAAAUUCAGUCGGGGGAUCGUUUUACUAUGGAGAUUCCGGAAGUUGCAUUACAAAAUCAUCAAACUUUGUCGGAUCAAAGGGAUUUGGCGGCAUUGCGUUCUACAUUACGACGGAUUCCGAUGGAUUAAAUAUUGUAGACGGAAUAAACGUAUUGAGUUGCGGAACGAGUACUAAAGAAGGAAAUUGCACACUAUACUUUGGGAACUGCGUAAACAAAUUCCAAAACUCAAACGUUUCCAACAAUAAUUGUGAAGAAUUUGUUGGAAUUUAUCUCAAGGCAAGCAAUAUACAAAGCGAGUUUCAAUAUUCUACAUUUAUUAACAAUACACAGGAGAAGAGUAUUCUAAUAUAUUAUGAAGGAGAAAGUAUGAUUUCUUUCGCUUAUUGCAGUUUCAUACAGAAUGUUCAAAACUUGGCAUCAAAUGACUCACUUAUUUAUAUAAAAUCAGGCAACCUUACCCUCUAUGACUGCAUUUUCCAUGAAAACGUUGCAUCAAAACCCUACGACUGCAGAGACUGCUUUUUAUGGGAUGUAAGACAUGAUAAAGAGAUGUACGAUACAAUCACAAGGAUAGUUAAUCCUUCCUAG